AUGAUUAAUCAAAUGAAUCAUUAUUCAUCUGAAUAAUUUAAGAACGAACAAACUAAAAGAAACCCUAUUUAUACAAAAAGCAUUUAAGACGCAUCUGUUUAAGCAGAAUUUUCAAAUAUAUAGUUGAUGAAAAUUAUUGAUGAAGUAGAUAAAAUUCAUUAAUAAGAAAAAAAAGCAUUACUAGAGUAAAUCAAAUAUUUAGAAAAAAAACUAUAAUAAACAAAAACAAAACAAUUGAUUUAAUGUAUAAACGACGUUAAGAACAUAUACCUAAAUUAAAUUGAAAUAAAUAAACCGACUCGUAUGGCAUUGGAUUCUUUAGAGUAACUUAUUAAUGAAAAAUAACAUUAUGAAAUUUCAGAUCUAAAAUAUCGCUUACAUCAAGCUGAAAAAGUUUUAAAAUUACCAAUUGCAGAAUUUAAAACUUAUCCUGUGGAAAAACUUGUGAAUUCUAUAAAGAAGUGUCAAUAAUUUGAAUCUGAGAAUAUGAGUUUAACAAAUAUUAUGGAAGAAAUAAAUUAAGCUGAUGAUCACUGGAAUCAAAUUUAAAAGGAAUUAUAUGAUGAAAGCAGCUAUUUGGUAAAUUCAUUAUAAACAACUACUCAAAAUAUAGUGUAUGAACUCUCUUUGUUCGAUUGUUCUAAAUGA